AGAAGAAGAAAGAAGCGAGGAAAAAAGCACAACAGCAAACAACGUGACGCCACCCUCUCUUCCCUUCCCUCUUCCUAUAAAUGCUCACACUCUAACAAACCGAAUACCUCUCCCACUUGCGAUCGGAAGAAAGAGAUCAUCAAACCCUAACACGCUCUCUCUUUCUCUCUCCGAAUCCGAAUUUUUUAUCACCUUCUCCUCGAUCAUUGUGAUUGAGAUUGAGAUUAACCCUAACGCACACGCUCACUGUUGCGAUUCCGAGUUCUAUGGCUAUGAGCGGUGCGUCUUCCGAUCAUUCCCCCAAGCCCGGCGUCUCCUCGCCCUGGAGCCAGAUUGUCGCCGCCGCUGCUCCUCCUUCCUCCACCUCCCCGCCGCCUCCACCCGUCGUCGACGCCUCCGUCGCGGUCAAUUCUCCGCCGACGGAAGAUUCUGACAACGGCGGCGGAAACAAUGUCAUUACCGGCAAAAGGCCUGCGUGGAAUAAACCCUCGAAUGCCGCUUCUUCUUCCGUCAUUGGCGCCGAUUCCUGGCCGCUGCCAGCGGAGUCCGCUCGCGCUCCGACCAAAUCGCCGUCUCCGUCGCCAUCGCCGUCCGAAAUGACGAAGACUUCCACGGACAUAUCCUCCUUGCCGCCACCAUUGCAGGGUUCUGGAAGCGUGACUCCCUCACCACAGAGGAAUGUUAGGGAUAAUGCUAAUGCGGACAACAACACUGUGCAGACUCACCAGAAGUCUUUUAAGCGCAGCAAUUCGAACACCUCUUCUAAUGGAGGGCAUCAUCCACCACAAAUGUCUGGGCCUCAAGGUCCGAUUGCUCCUGCUGGGUCCCACAACUAUAAUUCGUCACCAAAGGAGCAUCAACCCAGAGCUGGAUUUUUUCCUAAUGAUCACCUGCCACAGCGAAACUCUUUUAGGUACCGGAAUGGCGGUGGUCCACAUCAGCGCGGAGAUGGUCACCACCAUCAUAACUAUGGGGGCAGGCGUGAUCAGGAUCACCGUGGAAAUCAGGACUGGAAUAAUCACCGAAGUUUUAAUGGUAGAGACAACUUUAUGUCUCCGAGAUUUGGUCCAAGGUUUAUAAGGCCUCCACUGCCUCCUAAUCCUGCUCCAUUGUUUCCACCACCUCCUCCAUUGCACCCUUAUGGGGGCUCUAUUGGGUUUCCUGAACUACCUCCUCAGAUGAUAUAUGUUCCACCUCCGCCACUGGAAUCAAUGAGAGGUGUUCCUUUUGUUUCUCCAAUACCGCCUAAUGCAAUGUUUUUCCAACCUUCAGAUAAUCAGUUGCAUACUAAGAUUGUCAACCAGAUUGACUACUAUUUCAGCAAUGAAAAUUUAGUUAAAGAUAUAUACUUGCGGCGGAACAUGGAUGACCAGGGCUGGGUUACUAUAAAUUUAAUAGCAGGCUUCAAAAAAGUCAAGUAUUUGACCGAAAAUAUCCAGAUUGUGUUAGAUGCUGUUCGAACCUCAUCUGUUGUUGAAGUUCAGGGUGACAAAAUAAGGAGAAGAAAUGAUUGGAGGAGAUGGAUCAUGCCUGGUGGUCAGGUUCCUAAUGUUAGAGGUUCUCAAACCGUUGGACAGCUGGCUGAACGAGUUCAAAACAUUACUCUGGAGAGAACUAACAAUAACGAUGCUGGAGUAUUAGAUGUUUCACAGAAUAGACCUUUUGGGGAUUUGAAUAGUCAAUAUCUCCAUUCCACUAGCGAGGGUACUGCUCAAGUCGGUAUUCAAGUUUCAGAUCAUUCUAUUUCUGCAAGAAAUUAGAGCUGCAGAUGUUCUUUAAAACAUUUUUUUGAAGAAUAUUCUUCAGAGGGAAGCAAGAAGCAGGAGGGAUCAUGGUCUCAAUUUUUACAUAUUGCACAGUGGGACAUGAUUUCUCGUGAGGUAUCUAGGAAAACAUGAUUGAGAAAUGGGAGGAAAAUACCUUUUUUAUAAAACAGAAAAAAAACCAAAUGGUAAAAAAUGGCCCGUAAAAGGCGCAUUUUAUAUAUUCUGUGUUUUCGGAGCUAGUAGCAUGACCCUUGCGAUUAUUACUUGUUUAUAUGGUGUUUAAUGUUCCUAUUCUGGUGGCGGGAUGGUAGCUUGCUUUUGUGGGGAUUGUUUUUUAUUUUAUUCCCCUGAAUUCCCCUAAGCUGCUUUUUAAAAUCUUUGGGGUCAUAUUCCCACCUGGAUUAGGAGCAUUAUAUGUGAGAUCAAUGAUCAUGGGUGUUGAAUGAGUUUGAUAGCUACUAGUUGAUGACUGUGAGUGAAGGGGAAAGAUGGCUUUCUGCUGAUGGAGCUUGUCCCACAACUGCUUUACAGAAUGAUUGUAUGAUGCUAUUUCCCCCCACAUCAUCUUUGGAAUGACCAUACUUGGUUUUUGUUGUCCUCGGUUUUACUUUAUUUAAACUCUUACUAGGCAUAAAUUGCCCCUGUGGCCUGUGGGGUUAUUCAAACCAAAACUAUUAAUUUGCAGCUGUAUGUGAUCGGGAUGUCUUAAUUAUUUCAUACCCCUACGUUCUAACAUGUACUGAUGUAAUUCGUUUAAUUUUUUUGUUUUAUGCUAUUCGUAUGAUCUUUU